AACAAAAUAUCUCAAAAAACACUCGAGUUCUUCCAGCAGUUGUUUCAUUCGAGUUGAGAUGAUUGGAAGAAGUGGGCUGACAGAUGCCGAGCCAACUCCACCGGCUACCAUCGGCGGGCGUUUAAGACUUAUUAUGUAAGCCGCCGGCUGGUACCCCCGCCACAACCCGACGCCACGGUGCCGUUUUUGCGGCGACGAAUCCAGGCCCGUCCACGCGAUUUUGGACGGGACCCAUGUCAACCCGGCGCCCUGCACAAGCUCUGUUUUGGGUGCGCCCUGAAAAGUACAAUUCUUUGCCUGGUCCUGGUCUCCCCCAUUGUUGUUUGUUGUGACUGGAAGCGCAGACCUGACUUGAGCCAGCUUUGUUGAAUUCUGUAGGAUAUUCGGCAGCAUCAACACAAGCAACAAACUAUCGAUCCUCGACUCUUUCAGCGCUCUUCAUCGCAAAUCUCGGUUGCCCCUCCUUCGCAAGACCCCGCAAAAAAGAUACCAUCACCAUGGCCGAAGAACCCCCAACGAAGAAGAAGUGCCUCGGUGUCGACUGCGAAAAUGAGGCCAGCUCCCUCCAGUGCCCCAAGUGCUUGAGCUUGGGUAUCAAGGACAGCUUCUUCUGCUCGCAGGACUGCUUCAAGAAGAACUGGGGCACACACAAGUCCAUGCACAAGACAGAGACCAGUAUAUUUGACCCCCGAAACUUGUUCGUACCCAAGGUGGUUUCUAAACCCGAUCCAGACACCGGCUACUACAACCCAUUCCCAACCUUCCGCUUCUCUGGACCCCUCCGACCAGUUUAUCCUCUUUCUCCCAAGCGCGAAGUCCCCAAGUCGAUACCUCACCCCGAUUACGCCGAAGAUGGUAUUCCCAAGGCUGGCCGAUCUCUCGUUAGGGCGAACAAGAUUGAGCAGCUCAACGCCAAGGAGCAGGAUGGCAUGCGCAAGGUCUGCCGUCUGGCCAGAGAAGUUUUGGAUAUCGCGGCUGCUGCCCUGAGGCCAGGCAUCACCACCGACGAGAUUGACGAGAUUGUGCACAAGGCCUGCAUUGAGCGCAACUCUUAUCCGUCGCCCUUGAACUACAACCACUUCCCCAAGUCUGUGUGCACAUCAGUCAACGAGGUUAUUUGCCACGGCAUUCCCGAUAAGCGCGUUCUUCUUGAUGGCGAUAUUGUCAACCUUGAUGUCACUCUCUACCACGAAGGCUUCCACGGCGAUCUCAACGAGACCUACUACGUAGGCGACCGCGCCAAGGCCGAUCCUGAUACUGUUCGGGUCGUUGAGGCUGCGCGCGAGUGUCUGGACAAGGCGAUUGCGAUGGUCAAGCCCGGCACUCUCUUCCGCGACUUUGGCAACACGAUCGAGGCCCAUGCCAAGAGCAAGGAAUGCAGCGUUAUCCGUACUUAUGUUGGCCACGGCAUCAACCGUAUCUUCCACUGCCCUCCCAACAUUCCUCAUUAUGCCAAGAACAAGGCUGUUGGCGAGUGCAAGCCCGGCAUGACCUUCACCAUUGAACCCAUGAUCGCGCUGGGCAAGUAUAGGGAUAUCACUUGGCCCGAUAACUGGACCAGCACUACUAUUGACGGCAAGAAGACUGCCCAGUUUGAGCACACACUACUUGUAACGGAGACCGGUGUUGAGGUUUUGACUGCUCGUACACCAACAUCGCCUGGCGGGCCAGUCGCCAUGCCUGCUUCUUCUUAA